CUGAGUGCUCCAGCCUCCACCUCACUCUACAAACUCAAAGUCAUCCACCAAAAACCCACCCACCCCACCAACAAUCAAGCAAAAACAAAUGCUGUCUUACCGAGGUGUCUGCCGUGCGUCGCUUGCAUGCGUGCUUCGUCAGGAUCGUCAGCUUCACCUCCGACGGCUCAUGAUCGGAACCGCCGCCGUGCUGACUGAUUCCGCCGCUGGUCGCUCAACCGCCGCCAGUGCGACCAUGGCGACCAACGCUGCUUCUGCUGCUUCUGCUGCUGCGACCAAUGCCACUACUACUACUGCUGCUACUGCUGAUGCGGCUGGGAACAGCAAGAGCCCGAGCCUGACGAUGGCGAGGCAGCUGGCCUGCGCCAAACAGCCGCCGCGACUCCCGCUGCCAGACCUCGACACGACGCUCGGCCGAUUCGUCGCGUCUGCCUCGCCGCUGCUGCCCAAGGACGAGCUCGCCAUCACCAUGCAGGCCGUGAACGAGUUCCGUGAGACUGCCGGACCCGAGCUCCAUGCCAAGGUUGCUCAAAUUGCUGCCAAUCACUCGGGCUAUCCGCACAGCUUUGUCGAGUCAUUCUGGGACGACAUGUACCUCGAAGGUCGCUGGCCGCUGCCAAUCAACAGCAACCCGUUCUUCUUGUUCAAGCCCGAUCUGCGCUUGGGCGCGCGAACCAACGGACUGGCUCGCGCCACAAGCCUCACGAUGGCAACGCUGCGGUUCAUCCGCAAAAUGCGCACUGCUGGCCUCGAGCCCGACAUGAAUGGCGACACGCCGUACGACAUGUCCCAGUACGACAAACUGUUCAACACGACUCGAAUUCCUGUCAAAGAUCGGGACACUCUCGCCACCUACCCCACAUCACGCCACAUUGUGGUGAUGACCCGCGGCUCGAUUUACUCGAUCGACGUCAUGUCGAACGACCACAAAAUCAUCUCCGAGUCUGCACUCCAGGCGCAACUGACCUUGGUGAUUGCCGAUAGCAAAAAGCUCGCGGCAACCAGCUUGCCGCACAACGGAGCCGAGCGAGAUGUUGGCGCCCUGACAGCCAUGCAACGUAAUGAUUGGGCUUCUGCUCGGGCCCAGCUGGAGGCGCACCAUCCGACGAACAAGGCUACGCUUGCCAAGAUUGACUCGGCUCUCUUCGUGGUCUCGCUUGAUGAUUACGCGAAUGUCUCUUUGAACGAAAAGAGCAAGCAGCUGUUGCACGGAACUGGCAGCAACCGAUGGUUUGAUAAAUCACUGACCUUGAUCACGUUCGAGGAUGGUGCGGCGGGCUGCAACUUUGAGCAUGCCUGGGGCGAUGGCCAUACUGUGCUUCGCUUCUGCCACGAGAUUUGGUGCGACACUCAGCAAAUUCCUUCUGGAUUUUCGUCGCUCAAAGUCGACGACGACGUCUAUAUGAGUGGUCGCACGAACGUGGCCAAGCUGGACUGGGUGCUGAGCGACCGCCUCGCUUCCACCAUUCAUGCGGCUCAUGCAGACUAUGCGCGCUUCACUGCCAACAACGACAAUUUUGCGCUCCGCUUUGAUCGCUUUGGCAAGAACGUGCCCAAGCGGGCGGGUAUCUCUCCGGACGCCUUCAUCCAAAUGGCCUUCCAACUUGCCUACUAUCGCCAGCACCACCUCGCCCCAAGCACGUACGAAUCGUGCAACACCAAGCACUUUUUGAGUGGUCGCACCGAGACUAUUCGUUCCUUGAGUGCCGAGUCUCUGGCGUUCAUCGAGAAGUACGAUCGCAGCUCGACCAGCAGCGCCGAGAAGCAAGCGCUCUUGCGCAUUGCGGCCAAAGCGCAGGCCGACCAAGCCGUUCGAUGCCGCGACGGCCAAGGGUUUGAUCGCCACUUGUUUGCCAUGCAAGGCGUCGCUCGCCAGCUCUGGGGCGCAUCCCCGUCCAAGCUGCCUGGAUUGUUUGUCGACCCUGGCUUCUUGAAGUUCAAGACCAUCAUUCUUUCAACCUCGACGCUGAACGGCAUCUUUAUGGACCACGCUGGCUUUGGUGCCGUUUCCGAGCACGGCUACGGUCUGGGCUAUGUCGCUCACAACGAACUGCUCUCCAUCAACGUUGCCUCUUUCCGCGACAGUCCGCACACUGACAGUGCAGAAUACGCCUCGCAACUCAACCGCACGCUGACUGACCUUGGUGAGCUGGUGUCGAGUUCCAGUCAAUAAUGAGCUCUGCUGCAACGAGUAUUUGCGUCUUUGGGAUUCGGUUUGACCGGUCGGCAACAACAGGUGUGUGUGUGUGCGUUUUGUUGAUAUGUUGUUUUCUCCUUGUUUUUUUUUUUUCAAUUGUUGUUUGUCACGGAUCAUUACAAGCCCAUCAAGUGAGUGCCUGCGUG